AUGUUGGCCAGAAAAUGCUUUCACAUCUACUCCAGGGCUAUUUUGACAUCGGCAAAGUUCAGCUCAUCUGCUCCAUCGAGUUAUGUCCCAGAUUCAACCAAUUUUGCGCUGAAAGUUCAGAAGAGAAUUGAAGAAACCCGAGAAAAAGCCGCUUUGGGAGGGGGACAAGCCAGAAUUGAUGCUCAACAUAAAAAGGUAAGUGAAUUGGCCAUUUGGCAAGCUUCUGACAAUGAGAUCAAAAGAAAACAGGAUUUCUUCGAUUUUUGGGUCAAGUCUAACGUUACACUUGGUAAGACUUGACUCGCAACGCAAAAAUGAGAAAAGUUGGUGUUUUUCAGAGAACUUCUACAAUUUUUGGAGUAAGCAGACUCCCUUGGAUCAUAUUUGAUUUUUCCAUAAAUUCGGAAAGAUGUUUUACAUCUGAAAUUAUUCAUUUUACAUCAUUGUCUAAUGUUGUUUCUCAUUUUGUUACCUAAAAUUAUUUUUUUCAGGGAAAACUCACCGCUCGGGAGCGAAUUCAAGCUCUUCUUGACCCUGGAACCUUCAGAGAGUAUGAUCAAUUUGUGGAGCACACUUGUACCGACUUUAACAUGCAGAAAGAAAAGGUAAUUCUUGUGUUCUCGAUGUCUAAAAUAAAAUUUUAGUAUCCUGGGGACAGUGUAGUCACAGGUCAUGGAAAGAUCAGUGGAAGAACGGUCUAUGUGUUCUCCCAAGAUUUCACAGUAUUCGGAGGAUCUUUUUCAUUGGCAAACGCGAAAAAAGUUGUCAAGAUUAUGAAGGUAAGGUCGAAUGGCAUAAAUAAUAUAACUUUGGUAUCUUUAGCAAGCAGUGCUGACUGGAUGCCCUGUAAUUGGUCUAAAUGACUCUGGAGGCGCUCGAAUUCAAGAGGGAGUCGACUCGUUGGCUGGUUAUGCCGACGUUUUCAAGGUAAGGCCAUUUUUUGCCUCGGAUAAUAUAAAAAUGGGGGCUUCGGUAGUUCAGCCCCCCACGAAAGGUAGUUCAAACCCCCACUGUUUUGCCCGUUUCACACCCCACAUAAUGAACAAAUUAGAAUAAUACAAAAAGUGUAAGUGGGGGUUUGAUCUACUACGUUGGGGGUUUGAUCUAAAACGUAGGGGGCUUUUUCUAAAACGGAGGGGGCUUCAUCUAAAACGUAGGGGGCUUGUGCUGGACCAUACAACUUGGAUUAAUUCUUUGAAAUAAAUUUUGGGGUUCAGAAUGUACGAGGGGGGUUGUACUGGGUUAUGGGGGGGCUAAACUGGACUGGGGGGCUGUACUACCUUAGCCCCUAAAAAUGUCUAAAAUUUGGGUUUAUUUUGAACUUUAGGAGAAUAUCGAAGCUUCUGGUAUAGUCCCGCAGAUCUCACUUAUUAUGGGUCCCUGUGCCGGCGGCGCCGUCUAUUCUCCAGCGUUGACCGACUUUACUUUUAUGGUCAGAGACACUUCGUAUCUCUUUAUCACUGGUCCAGACGUUGUCAAAGCUGUUACCAAUGAAACCGUGACACAAGAAGACCUCGGAGGGGCGAAAGUUCAUACGAAGGUAUGUAAUUGUGAAGAUUUUUUGUCUUUUUAAGAUAGGGUCCUAAAACAAUAUCAAAGUAUCUCGAUUUCAGGUGUCCGGCGUUGCCCACGGCGCCUUCGAUAACGACAUUGAGGCUUUACUCAACAUUCGGAAGCUAAUGAACUUCCUUCCACUCAAUAAUACGCAACCAGCACCGAUCAGAAAAUCGGAUGACCCAUGGGACAGGGAUGUCCCAAAUUUGGAUACAAUCGUCCCAUUAGAUUCGAUGAAGGCCUAUGAUAUGAAAGAAGUGGUCCAUUCGUUGGUCGACGAGGGAGAUUUCUUCGAGAUUCAGCCAGAUUAUGCCAAAAAUAUUCUUUGUGGAUUUGGGCGGAUGAAUGGACAGAGUGUUGGAAUCGUUGGAAACAACCCCAAAUUUGCUGCUGGUACGUAUUUUUAGUUAGUUUGGGUGUCGUUUAGGUGAUUGCUGGUAAGCUUUAAAGAUGUUUUUUUUAAAUCAAUAUCUUCCUUUAGGUUGUCUGGAUAUCAACUCUUCGAUCAAAGGCGCCCGAUUUGUCCGCUUCUGUGACGCCUUCAAUAUCCCUAUCGUAACCCUGGUCGAUGUGCCUGGUUUCCUCCCAGGAACUUCUCAAGAAUACGACGGAAUCAUCCGCCAUGGCGCCAAACUUCUCUAUGCCUUUGGCGAAGCGACUGUUCCAAAAAUCACUGUGAUUACUCGCAAAGCCUAUGGUGGCGCAUAUGAUGUGAUGUCCUCGAAACAUCUUGGCGCCGACGUCAACUAUUGUUGGCCAACGGCUGAGGUGGCGGUUAUGGGCGCGAAAGGAGCGGUCAGUAUUUUGUACAGAAGAGAUGUGGAAAAUCAGCCAAAACACGAGCGAGAUUACAUCGACCACUUCAGCAAUCCAUUCCCAGCGGCGACUAGAGGUGAGGGGAAGAUUUGUAUUGAAUUUUACAACAUUUGGGGUCAUCGCUUGAGAGGAUUUAACAAUUGAGGGAAAUUUUUUAAAUUCUGGACUUAAAAUGAUAUAACUGUUGGUUUCAGGCUUCAUUGAUGAUAUUAUUGAACCCAGAACCACCCGUCGUAAGAUCUGCCAAGAUUUGGAACUCUUGGCCAACAAAAAAGUUGUCCCAAGAAACCGAAAACAUGGAAAUAUCCCGUUAUAA